AAGUCGCGCCAAAAUAAACUGUCAUCGCGUAUUUCAACAACAGGUGGUUCUUCAGUUGGUUGUUAUUUAUUGUUCGUUUUGUUUGUGUUUUGUGUUAAAUAUGUCGACAAGAAAAUCCUUACGCUUGCAAAAAUCACGAGGGGACACUACUCCGGCAACCCCCAUUCACCAAAAUUUUUAUUCGCCACGUUUACGAAGCUCGGUUAAGCGCAAUCUCAACAGCUCUUUUGGGGCCAGUGAACACGAAUCUUUAUCACCCACAAAGCUCCUCAAAGCUGGGCCAAGCCCAGCGAAGAAAAAUGAAAAAAUAACAUUGGUCAUUGAUAAGAAAAAUAUGACUUGUCGUCCACUUUUCCGCUACGAGAGUUCGGAAUCUGAGGAUGAUUAUGUGUCAAGAAGCAGGGCUGUAGGCAAGCGUAAAGUUAAGUCUCCUGUAAAGUACACUCACGUGAACGUUUCUCCGAAGAAGACUGUAAAUAAAGGAGUUGAGGAACUUCACUUCACUCCUGUUAAAAAUAAAUUGCUGGAGAAAGAUGUGUUUUAUGAUGGGUGUAGGACGCCGAGAACGCCACGAAGUUCGGGCAAAAAGGCCACCCCAAGGAGCACAAUUAAGCAAAUCAGGGAAGGAACGAUUACUCCUAAAGUCCAGUCUAGAACCAAAGCAAUGGAGCUCGAUGACACUCCACUGAAAGUAGCCAGAAGUCACUUGCAUGUUUCUUACGUUCCGACUGAUUUGCCGUGCAGGGAAAAGGAACACGAAGACAUUCUCAGCUUUUUGGAAGGAAAACUAUUUGAUAAGUGUGGAGGGUGUAUGUACAUUUCUGGAGUGCCAGGGACUGGUAAAACCGCAACUGUUACAAGUGUUGUCAACCAUUUAUUAAAGGCUGCUAAAACUGGAGACGUUCCUAAUUUCCAGUACGUGAAUUUAAAUGGAAUGAAAUUAACAGAACCCCGACAAGCUUAUGUUGAAAUUGUGAAACAGUUAACUGGGAAAACUGUGACUUGGGAGCAAGCCCAAAGCACUUUAGAAGAAAUAUUCACAAAAAAAGCCAAAAAAAUGAAACUACCAAUUAUUUUAUUAGUAGAUGAGUUGGAUAUUAUUUGCACCAAAAGACAAGACGUGGUGUACAACAUUCUAGACUGGCCCACCAAAUCCAUUACUCAAUUAAUUGUGAUAACCAUUGCGAACACAAUGGAUUUACCUGAAAGACUGUUAAUGAAUAGGGUGACAAGUCGCUUAGGCUUGACCAGACUCACUUUCCAAGCCUACACACACAAACAACUCCAGGAAAUCGUAACGAAGCGUCUUUUCGGAACGAAUAGUUUCAACCCGGACGCCGUGCAACUCGUAGCUAGGAAAGUGGCCUCGGUUUCUGGCGAUGCAAGAAGAGCGCUGGAUAUUUGCAGACGGGCGGCAGAAAUCGCCGAAGUUGAAGGCGACGACACUUUAGUGUCCAUGUCGCACGUAAAUGAGGCCUUGAAAGCUAUGAUAACCCAACCAAAAGUUAGAGCAAUCAAGAAUUGUUCACGUCUGGAACAAUACGUCCUUCAGGCUGUGAUUUCAGAAGUGGAGCGGACGGGAAUCGAAGAAACUGUGUUUUCGAACGUUUACCAGAUGUUAGUGUCUUUGUGUGCCGUCAAUGGUUUUAAUUCGGUCUCUUGCACGAUUGCUCUGCGCGCAAUUUCAAAAUUAGGAGCGUGCCGGUUGUUACUUGUGGACCAAAAAUGUCACGAUCUUGACGAAAGGAUUAUUUUAAAUGUGAGCCCUGACGACGUGUAUUAUGCACUUAAAGAAGAAUAACUAAUGUUUUUUACAAAAUUUAGACGCGAAUAAAGUUUUUAAUUUCAAUAUUCUGGGAAAAUUGAUUUUUAUAACCUUGCCACUCCUUUCAAACAACCUAACCUCCAAAAAAUGGAUAAACACUCGAAUGUCACAAUAAAACAGAAAUUAUUUUUUUAAAUCGACUUAUUUGGAUCAAUUAGCUCGAGAACAG